CGCUCAGUCGGCGUCACUCAUCAACGCGAAACGCGCCAACAACCAGAUCAAUGGAGUGAGGCAGUGACUCAGCUCAGGGCCUCGGGCCCAGCACACCAACCCUCCAGUAGUAUCUCUGACGUGCGGGCUCCGCCAGACAACGGUAGCCAAUCUCGCUCUCGCUCGAUGUCUGACGCCUUCUGAUUCUCGCGCUCUGCUCUUCUCGAUUUUUGUCAUCGAUUCAGAGCUCACGAGUCACGAUCCAAAUCCCUUUUCCACUCCGCCGGACGUCGAGAGAGGCGGUGGGUGCGGGACGCGAAGGCGAAGCCCUAGCCCCCUCCCUGCCGCGGACGCCGAUGGACCCACCUCGCGCCGUCGCCUUUCUUCUCAUACUCCUGCCCGUGCUCGCCCCGGUGGCCUCCGGUGUACCUUUCGUCGUCCUACACGGGAUUGGCGACGAGUGCGGGAACGAUGGGCUGUCAUCCUUCACCAAGAUGCUUGGGGAGUGGUCAGGCUCCAAGGGUUACUGCAUUGAAAUUGGAAGAGGAGCAUGGGACUCUUGGUUAAUGCCACUUCAAGAGCAGGCAAAUACGGUUUGUAAGAAGGUCAAGAAAAUGAAAGAGCUCAGUGAAGGUUACAAUAUAGUUGGCCUGUCUCAGGGGAACUUAAUUGGCAGGGCUGUAAUCGAGUACUGUGAUUGUGGACCUCCGGUCAAGAAUUUCAUAUCAAUUGGGGGUCCUCAUGCUGGUACAGCUUCAGUGCCACUUUGUGGUUCUGGGUUUCUUUGUAUUCUUAUUGAUGAUCUGAUUAAAUCAGAGAUAUAUUCAGACUAUGUGCAGGCGCAUCUUGCCCCUAGUGGUUACCUAAAGAUACCCACUGAUAUGGAAGAUUAUUUGAAGGGUUGCAAAUUUCUUCCAAAACUUAACAAUGAGAUCCCAAGUGCAAGAAAUACUACCUAUAAAGAAAGAUUCAGCAGCUUGGAAAACUUGGUACUGAUCAUGUUUGAGGACGAUGCAGUAUUAAUACCUCGGGAAACAGCGUGGUUUGGUUAUUACCCUGAUGGAGCCUUUAGCCCAGUGCUGCCCCCUCAAGAGACGAAGCUGUAUACAGAAGAUUGGAUUGGCUUGAAGACCCUGGACGAGGCUGGGCGUGUUAAAUUCGUGUCUGUGCCAGGAGGUCACCUGCGUAUCACCAGAAGCGACAUGAAGAAGUACAUUGUGCCUUACUUGACGCCGGAGGCGUCAUCCAAGAAGAACAUACACAUACACCGGAUGCUGUCGCUUUGAGCGAGUAUCUAACAAGGUUUGUAUCGGUGGCCAUUGUGCCCUGACACGUGGGCCAUGUGUUGACGCCUUGUAAAUACGCUGAACACGAAGGGAGGAAAUGAUAGCUCCUUGGAAGAGUGGAUCCGAACUUGUGAAGUGAAGCGUGUUUGGUCCUUUCCGUUUCCUAUCUGACAAACAAAUAUGUCCAUGCCGUGGCCACAACACGCAUAAAUCAUUAUGCACAUUUCCUAUUGAGUAAAAUACAAUUCCGGUCUGUAAACUUGUCGAACCAUGUCAUGCCGGUUCAUAAACCUUUAAAAUAUGUUUCUUAAAUGCUUAA